GGAGGGGGCGUGUGCGGCCGCCGCCUCUGCGCCUGCGCGGUGUCCGGCUUGGCCGGAGGGCGCCGGCCCGAGUCGACGUCGCGCACUCGGGAGACGCCCGCCUGGGUCGCUCUUCACCCCUCAGCGCGGCGUGGCGUGGCGUCGCGUCCCCCUCAGCAGGGCGGUGGGGAGAAUUCUGCUGUGAAUCCAUCAAGGCCUGGGCUUUUCUUUGUUGACAUACAAGAAUUGAAUUCUGAGUAAAUCUAGAGGUAGAAUGGACAGUUAUUUUAAAGCAGCUGUCAGUGACUUGGACAAACUCCUUGAUGACUUUGAACAGAACCCAGAUGAACAAGAUUAUCUCCAAGGUGUUCAGAAUGUAUAUGAUUCUAACAAGUAUUCAGUUUCUUCAGAGUUGGCUUCUUCACAGCCACCUUCCCUGCUACCGAAAGACCGGCAGUGUACUCAUAGUUGUGCCUCCUCAGAAACAUGCUAUGAAGCAAAUGAGAUUUCUCUCAGUGAAAAAACACUCGCAGGACUAACUUCUCUGCAAAAUGAAAAAAACUUAACAGGACUAGAUCUCCUUUCUUCCGUGGAUGGUGGUACUUCAGAUGACAUCCAGCCCUUGUACAUGCGAUGUAGUAAGCCUGUCUGCGACCUGAUAAGUGACACGGGUAACUUAGUUCAUCCAACUAAUAGCGAAGAAGAUAUUAAGCAAUUACUGCCAGAUGACUUCACGCCUAGUGUAGAUUGUUUGACCGCAUUGGAUUCCUCUGCAGUUUCGGAUACUGUCUCUAUCCCAUCAGCAGAUCAUGGGAAUGAUCCUGUCACAGAAGAACAGAAUGAUGUCAACUCUGAAUUAGAGAAUAGAGAAAUUGGUGGUACCAAAGAAUUGGUUAUAAAAGUAGAUACACUACUUUCAGUCUCUUGUAAACAUAAUGGAACAGAAAAUUUAAAGGAUGAAAAGAUCUCUAAUCAGUUAGAUCCAGUUGUUGACUCUAAUAUAACCUCUGUUUUGACUGAGCAAAGUUCCAGAAUUUGUGAUACCAAAGAUAACCUACAACACAAGAGCCUACCUUGUGAAUUACUAAAAGAUGGUGGCUGUUUGGUGAAACCAGAAGUAGAUUUGGUGAAAGAGGAAGUAGAUACGACAGUUGCAGCUGCCACUGAAUGUUUGAAAGGAGGCAGCACAAGUGCUUUGCCUUGCAAAAGUCUUCCAAAAAGUGAAAGUUUGUGCCUAAGUGACUCAAACUCAAGAGGUGAAAAUUUCAAAUUACCUGACUAUUCCUGUCAGGAAGAUAGAACUGCUGUGUUUAUAAAUCAAUCUGCAAAAGAAGACUCAAGAAAUGUAGACCUUAAAGCUAAUAAUGAUGCAGUCCACAGUUCCCUGUCAGCUCUACAUGUUUCCAGUGAAGAUGCACCCUCCUCUUUGUCCUGUCUUCCAGUACCUGGCUCUCUGUGCAGCUCAUUCAUUGAAAGUAAAGCACAUGGCAGUUGUUUACCUCAGCAGGAAACCAAGGAUCAUACACAAGAUACAGGGAUGGUGCAUGGAGAAACACAAAAGGGUGUCAUUCUAGACAGGGAACCAUUCAGGCAGACUGAGCUUACGAAAGAAGAAAAAUGUAAAAGUACUCUUCCUCAGCCAGUACAGGAAGAGAGGGAAGAAGGAAAGGUAGAACCUGAGCAGAUGGGAAUUGGAGCUGAGGCUUUGAGUGCCCCUGGUCCCAACAGUCCCUCCACAACUGCAGAGUCUCAGCUGGAACUCUUGGGGGCUGAUGCGCCAGGCUGUCCUGCUGGUUGUGCUAAUCUCACUUUCUCAGGCAGUGACGUGGGCGGGCAUGACUUAGACUAUUUCAAUAUUGAUGAAGGGAUGAAGAGUGGCACACUCAUUAGUGACGCAGAGCUCGAUGCCUUCUUGACAGAACAGUACCUUCAGACCUCUAACUUAACAUCCUUUAAAGAAAAUGUAAAUGACUCAAAAUCUCAGAUGAAUCCGAUAGACCUGAAAGGCCUCGGUGAUGGAAACGUCAGUGAUAUUUAUUUCAGUGCUGAAGCAGGAGCCACUGGGGGAAGUGAUGGUGUGAAUAUGAUUUGUGAAACUGCUGAUAAACAAAAUACAGUGGUCCUUUCUGUACAGGAAAGAAGCGAAAUUCCCACUGAACAAGGGUUCCUUCCCAGCAAGUCUGAGAUGACUAAUGAGCUACCGGUCUCUGAUAUCAGCAGCCAGUCUGUGCAUGUGGGAGGGGCUAGGCCUAAGCAGUUCGCUAGCCUUGCGCGGGUUUCAAAGGAACUGAAUAAGCCAGAUGCUCUGGCCAUGCCAGAAGGUGAGCCCAACCUAGCAAACACAAUUGCGCCAAGCCCGUGUCCUGCUGAUUCUGCAGGAGAUGCCCAGGCCAGCUUCAACUCUAACUACAUUGACAUAGAAAGCAACUUUGAAAGUGGGUCCAGUUUUUUAACUGCAAGUGAAGAUUCUUUGCCUGAAAACACUUGCAAAGAAGGCUCGGUUUUGGGCCAGAAACAACCUACUUGGGUUCCUGAUUCAGAAGCUCCAAACUGUAUGAAUUGCCAGGUCAAAUUUACUUUUACAAAACGGCGACACCACUGCCGAGCAUGCGGGAAAGUAUUUUGUGGUGUCUGUUGUAACAGGAAGUGUAAGUUGCCGUAUCUAGAAAAGGAAGCAAGAGUGUGUGUAAUCUGCUAUGAGACUAUUAACAAAGCUCAGGCCUUUGAAAGGAUGAUGAGUCCCACUGGCGUGGGUCCUCAGUCUCAUCACCGUGGGGACGGUGCCACCACCCCACCCCUUCAGGAGACCCAGCCGACCAGUGUGCCUUCGCCUACAGCUUUGCCCACCUCAGCACUGAAACAGCCAAGCGUUGAAGGACCAGGCUCCAGAGAACAGAAGAGAGUGUGGUUUGCAGAUGGCAUCCUGCCUAACGGUGAAGUUGCAGAUACGACAAAACUAUUGUGUGGAAAUAAACGAUGCUCUGAAGACUGCAGUCCGCCCUUCCCAGAUGUGCCCACGGUGGUAACCACAGUGGACCCUGCCCUUUCUGCCACAGUGGAGAAACCAGACGAUGAGCUCGGAGAUACGGCAAGAACUGAGAGCUCUGGGAGUCCUGUUUCCCGAGUUCCAGCUGUGGAAAAACUGCCGACAAGCAUGGGAACUGACGAGCUACCUGCUUGUGCUUCUCUUGCCCUGGCUGAUGACGUUUUUGCAGAAAUUGAGGCACCGUCCAGUUCUCUGGGGGUCACAGUGAACAGCGUUACACCCAUGGCUGGUGUUUCGGAUUACAGGUUACUGUGUUGUGUCGGCAAGCACGUUGGCAGUAAGGUCAGCCUCUUACCUGAUGACGAGGACAGCUUGCCCCCACUUCUGGGUACUUCAGGAGAGCAGGGGUCAGGGCCUGUGGUAGAAGAGCACCCAUCUCCUGAGCAGGUCAGCGCCCUUCUUCAGAGUGAAGGGUCUCCUCCUGCCACCUUCAUCCUGAAUGCCAAUCUGCUUGUGAACGUCAGAUUAAUAGUUUAUUCCUCAGAUAAAUAUUGGUACUUCUCAACCAAUGGAUUGCAUGGCUUGGGACAGGCAGAGAUUAUCAUUCUGUUGCUGUGUUUCCCAAAUGAAGAUAGAGUUCCUAAGGACAUUUUCCGACUGCUCCUCACCAUAUACAAGGACGCACACAAAGGAAAAUACAUAGAAAACCUGGACAGCAUUACCUUUACUGAGAGUUUUCUCAACAGCAAGGAUCAUGGAGGGUUCCUGUUUAUCACACCUGCUGUUCAGAAGCUGGGUGAUCUCCCAGUGCCCAGCAGCCCUUUUCUGUGUGGAAUUCUCAUCCAGAAGCCGGAAAUCCCUUGGGCAAAGGUUUUUCCUAUACGUUUAAUGUUGAGAUUGGGUAUGGAAUAUAAAGCAUAUCCUGCUCCUCUAACAAGUGUCAGAGGCCGAAAAGCUCUCUUUGGAGAAAUAGGACAUACUAUUAUGAACUUACUUGUUGAUCUUCGAAAUUACCAGUACACCUUGCAUAUUAUAGAUCAGCUGUUGAUUCAUAUGGAAAUGGGGAAGAGCUGUAUAAAAAUACCUCGGAAAAAAUACAGUGAUGUGAUGAAAGUGCUGAAUUCUUCUAACGAGCACGUCAUCAGCAUUGGCGCGAGCUUCAGUACAGAAGCGGACUCCCACCUGGUCUGUGUGCAGAGUGACGGCGUCUAUCACACACAGGCCAACAAUGCUCCUGGCCGCCCGAGGAGAGUGACAGGCGCAAGUUUUGUGGUGUUCAGUGGCGCUCUGAAGUCAUCCUCGGGAUUUCUUGCCAAGUCCAGCAUAGUGGAAGACGGCUUAAUGGUGCAGAUAACUCCAGAGACCAUGGAUGGCUUGAGGCAAGCUCUGCGAGAGCAAAAGGACUUCAAAAUUACCUGUGGAAAAGUGGAUUCGGGAGACCUGAGAGAGUAUGUGGAUAUAUGCUGGGUAGAUGCCGAAGAAAAAGAAAACAAAGGUGUUGUCAGCUCGGUGGAUGGAAUCUCAUUACAAGGAUUUCCCAGUGAGAAAAUAAAACUGGAAGCAGAUUUUGAAACUGAUGAGAAGAUUGUGAAGUGUACUGAGGUGUUCUACUUUCUAAAGGGCCAGGAUUUAUCUGUGUUGUCAACUCACUAUCAGUUUGCAAAAGAGAUCGCCAUGGCUUGUAGUGCUGCGCUGUGCCCUCACCUGAAGACUCUGAAGAGGAGCAGGGUGAACAGGAUCGGGCUCCGAGUCUCCAUUGACACAGACAUGGUUGAAUUUCAGGCAGGCUCUGAAGGCCAGCUGCUGCCUCAGCACUACCUGAAUGCCCUGGACAGCGCCCUGAUCCCUGUGAUCCACGGGGGGACCUCCAGCUCGAGUUUGCCAUUAGAAAUGGAAUUAGUAUUUUUUAUUCUAGAGAAUCUGGUAUCAUGAGAGGAUGUGCCAGAUCAUGCACUGCAGGCUGAUCUGUCAGAACUAACCCGGCACUAAAGCUGAAAGGCCACAAACACUAAACGUUUGAUAUUUGAAACACUUAAGCUUUGCUUUGGAGAUAGAAAUGAUCUCUGAAAAUCACUAUCGCAAUAUUUAAAUAUCUAAAUGUAAAGGAUCCACCAUGUUUGAAGCUUUACGUUAAUACAAGCACUAAAAAGACAAGGACUCCUACCUUUAAGAAACUGAUAGCAUUUCUGUGUUAUUUCAAUGUUAAGCCAAAGUACAUGCACUUAGUUAUACCUCUUUAUUCCAAGAAAGAUUAAUGAAGGCUCUUUGCACAUGUAACCUUAUGAAGGAAAUACCUGUUUGUGUAGAAGCCAGUGAGAGCACUGGCUCCAAAAUUCUGUUUAAAAUGUAUUUCAGUGGCAUAGACAGGUUUCAAGAUCUUGGGCUUCUAAUUCUUUGAGUAAAGCUAAUAACUUAUUUGUAUAAUUGGAGUGGAGCCCUACCUCCAUGAUUAGAGAGGUUCUGAUUGUUUGGAUUAAAGUCAGAAUUCUGCCUUUUUUCUUCUCAUUAUUACACAAAUGUAUAUUGUUUUUCUUGAUUAAAUGGGUAUUCUUAAAAUAAAUGUGGGUGCUUCAGGAUUUUGUGCUUCUAUAUUUAAGUACAUUGUUUUUAUAGUAACAUGAUUCAGAAUGUUUUAUAAAUCUUUAAUAAUUUAUAUAUAGGUAAUAUUUUUGUAUCACAGUGCAUUAUUUUUCCUGUUUUUUCCAAAGUGUAUCAGUGUACUUCCCAUUUGUAAGAGUGAUUGACAGCAGGCCAGUUGACCUUGAGGUAGUCAGUAUGUAGCAAUAACUGAAGCCUGAAACAGGUUUUUUUUUUUUUACUUCAAUGUUGAUCCUUAGAAAUUUCUUGGCGAGUCUACGUAUUUUCAUUGAUACCAUGUAUGAAUAUAAAUUUUAAUGAACUGAUCACUUUUGCAUAGUUUAAAUUCUUCAUGUAAUGUUACCUUUUAUAACAGGAUAAGCUCUAUGUAUUUGAAACUGUUACAGAGCUUUUCUUUUUACUUUAAAUAGGAAAAAAAUUAAAAGGGCAUAUAUUAGUCCUGUCAUUUAAGUUAUCUAAAAUCUAAUCAUUAUUUGUUGGCUUUUUCUAUUCUGAUGUGGAAUAUAUGUUUUUUGUAGCAGAAACAGUCACUGUAUAUCUGAAGAAAAAGAAACUACACUACAUACCCCAUUAUAAAGCAGUAAUUGUAUCUCAACUUCUAGAUCAAAUCAAGGCUGUAACUCAGGAUGUGAGGUCUCAGGCUAGGAGAGACCAAGAAAUUUCAAUGAUUUCAGCAUAUCCUCUGUACUAAAUCACACCUAUAGUCCUAGCCCAAGUUACAGUUCAGAAGAGAAGAUGAUCUGCUGGAAAUCGCUCCUUCAUAGACCAUGUAAACUGUUCAGAUACUAAAUAAAAUGACAAUAUAAACUUGUGAAAUUUAUUGAGAUGGUCUAAGAUAAAGACAGUUGCAUAUCAAA